GGGUACAAUUCAUUCCUAUGGUUUUUUGAAAAUCUUUUAGAUACAUUUAAUGCACCGUCUCUUAAUGGCAUAUAAAUGAAGGAGUUUAAUACAACCAUAUCCACAUUUUCCAACAACCCAGAUCAAACCCAUGCUGAUGUGAAAAACCACUAAAAAACUGAAACAGUGCACUUUUCAGAACAUCAGUCUGUGUAUGUAGCUCUGACAAACUCAGGGCAAAAUUUUUGAAAUACUUAUUCUAUAUUAUUUAUUUUAUUCGGUGUCACAAAAACGUUUAUAGCACAAAGGCCACAUUCCCAGGCACGAAGGCCAUUGACUGAUUUGAUGUCUACAAAUAAAUAACUUGACUUUCUGAAAAGAAAAAAAAAAAAUAAAUAACACAAAUGAUUACAUUUUUUUAAUUAAAAAAAAGGUGUUUUAAGUUGCAGUCCAUUAUCAUGUAUCAAUUAAGAUGCAUCAUGUUAUCAUGUAGCAAUUUACCUGAAUGUCUAAAUAUGUAGAUAUAAUUCAUUUCAGAGAAACCCUCAGUAGACGAAUGUAAGAACAGUCUACAAGUGUCAAACUCAUGUAAAUCAUAUUGCACAGUAAUUUAGAAAUAUUGUCUCUAUAGUUUCUGUCAUUUCUGUGUUAACAUCCAUCUCAGGUGAUCACACAUUAGAGAUGCAAUCACUCAGACCACAUUCAGAGGCUGUCUUGGCCACGUGGUCACAUCUUUUAGUAGUGUGAACGUGAAUGCGUCCUGUGUCACCACUUACUCCCGCCACAGUUUCUUAAUGAACCAAUAAUAUUCUUAUAAUACCAGGUCUGGAGGGAUGCGCUUAGAGCUGUCCACUUGUGAUCAGAUCACUGAAGAUGAGAUAGGUAAAAGUCAACAAUUGGGUGGAUUUUGGCCAAAAUAUUUAAUGUAAAGGCAAACAAUUAAUUUUAGUAUGAAAAGUCUAAAAUUUUCUUACUUUCACUGUCGUACUCAAAUUCUUUUUACUCUGUUUCAGUCUUGGUGUAUAAAAAUGAGUCAGUCAACACCAGAGCCACCACCUCCGAUGAACACAUGGACCACAGAAGACGUCCACCUGUGGUUGAUGUCAAAAGUCAAAGUUCAUAAGACUUGUGCUGACAUAUUCAUUGAAGAGGACGUGUUGGGGGAAUAUUUAGUUCUCUUCAAAAAGAAAGAUAUAUUGGACAUGGGAAUCAAACAUGGUCCUGCUGUCAAAAUCACAUCUUACCUAGAGAGACUUAAAGAAGGAUCACGACAUGAAUCACAGUUCCCAGCAUAUGUGGAAAAGUGGACAAAGGAGCAAGUGAACCAGUGGUUACUGCAGCACGUGAAGGUGUAUAGCAAAUAUGCAAAACGACUCCAUGAGGAAGAUGUGUCUGGAGACUGUCUUGUUUGCUUCAGCAAACAGGAUUUUCUGGAUCUGGAUGUGAAAGGUGGUCCUGCUGUAAAGAUUCUGUCAGAGCUCCAUCAGUUGAAAGAGAAACCAGAGCCGACACUUCAUCCCACCCUCCACACCAGCACAGACCAAGAGGAAGCUCCCAAACCCAUUCAGCCUGAACCUAAUCUGGCUCAGGCAAAAGAAACAAAACAACCAGAAGUUAGUGACAAGAUUCAAUCAAAAACAGAUUCAAUGGUGGGAAAUGAAUCUGGAAAGGCUCAGUUGCCAUUUGGGAAAGCUUCAGAGAAGAAGGAAAUUCAACAGCCAAAGCCACAGAAAAGGGGAAUAAAGAGAAAAGAAACUGUUGUGACCACAGUCCAACCACACGGACCAAAGAUCACUGAGGAGAUCCAGAAAACUCUAGACAACCUUGUGAAAGAAGACCUGAAACUGUUUCAUUUCUACUUACAAGACUACACAAAAUCUGAGCAUGAAGCUAUUCCUCGGGGAAGACUGGCGGGCAAGGACACCAUGGACACCACAGACUUAAUGACUGCCCACUACGGGAUAGACGGGGCUUUACAAGUGACAAUAGACAUUCUAAAAGAAAUCAAUCAGCGUGAACUUGCCAGUCAGCUGGAAAAGAACAUGGGUCAAGUAAAGCUUCCAAAGGCAGUUUUGAAGAAAGAAGCAAACCAGGGGGAAAAACUAAAGAAUUUGUUAACUUGUGGUGGAAACUCACUGGACAACUAUAACAGAUUUGUUGUUGUUGUAAACAAGACCAGUCUGGACCAUGUACAGUAUCUCCAGUUUCUGAGUAAGUUGAGACUGUUCUGUGUGUUAGACUUUGAUCCCAACUCUGUUGCUGAAGGUGGACUGUGUCAUUCCUACAGAGAGUUAAGGGCAGCCAACCUCCAUACCCCAUCACAGUAUCAAGGACAGACUGAAUCAGUUAUAAAGAACCUUAACCUCUACAAACAGACCAGCUGGGUUUUCUGUAAUGGCAGACAUGACCUUGAUGGUGAUUCAAACAAGGAGUUAGACUAUAAGAAUUGGCUGAGGAAAUCUUGCAGAGAUGUAGAACAGCUGGUUUCAUUCAUUUGCAACCCUGAAGUUCUUCUCCAUGGCAGGAGUCUCGUCAUAUUCCUUCUACUUUCACCUGUGGACACUGAGAAAGACCCAAUCUUUGACACCUACAUGUCGUUCAUAAAACACACUGAGGAAGAAAAUAUCAUCAGUAUUUGUGAAUCUCAGAGCACGUAUGAGAAAUGGAGGCAGCUGAUACAAGAAAAGUGUGACUUUGACAUUGACCAUCUAUCCAUAUAUGAACUAACCCUAAGUGAGAUCAGCGGUACUAUAAUGUCACUGGGGCCAUUAAAUCAGUCAUCUGGAAGACUGCUUCCCUCCUCUGGCUCCAGUUUUGUCGUCCUGAAACAGAAAGAUGAAGAUGUCAUGACAGCUCUGGAUAUUUUGUGUCUGAAUCAGUGUGAAAAGACCUAUGAUGAGAACAGCUCAGAGUUUCAAAACUUCAGAAUCAAAACUGAAGAGGAAUUCUACAGAGGAGGCAAAGUCAAAUGGUGGAACUUCUACUUCUGUGACAAAGACAAAGAGAAGCCAUUUGUCAAACGGGACAAAUAUGAAAAUGUGAAGAAGAUGAUCAGAUCUCGGUUGAGAGAUUCAAACAACAUGUGCGUUCUUCUCAAUCUCUUCCACAAUCCAGGAUGUGGUGGCACCACCUUAGCAAUGCAUGUGAUGUGGGAUCUCCGUCAAGAGUUCAGAUGUGCGGUGUUGAAAGACAAUGCACUGCCAAAGAAAGAAGUUGCUAUUCAAGUCAGAAUGCUCAUGAAACUUGAAAGUGAGAAACCAUAUCCAGUUUUGCUGUUAGUUGACGAUUCAAAAGAAACGGAGACUCCUCGUGAUCUUGUGAACUGGAUACAUAAAGCUGGUGUAGAGGAUAGCUUAAACAUAAAUGUGGACGAUACACAAAAUUGCAAAGUCGUCAUCCUUAACUGUGUUCGGUCCCAUAGCCCAAAGGAGCAAUACAGACAGUUCAAUCCAACACAAAGUCAAUACAUUACUGCUUCACUGACUCUAGAAGAACAGAAAGAGUUUGAAAAGAAACUUAAAGAGCUCAAAGAAACUCAUGAAAAGCCUGAGAACUUUUACAGCUUCAUGAUCAUGAAGAGCAAUUUCGACAAACAAUACAUAGAUGAUCUCGCCCGUAACACACUAGAGAACUUUGAUUUCAGCACAAAGGCGGCCCAACUUUUUGCCUUUCUAGCCUUACUGAACACAUAUGUGGCAGAGUCGGAAAUCUCGCUCUCUCUCUGUGAAGACUUUUUUGGGAUGAAAAUGAUUCGCUGGCAGGAGGAAAGUGUAUUGGACAGAAUGAAGCCAUAUUCAAACCUUCUAAUCAUGGACACAGUUGAAGAAUGGGGAGGAUACAAAGGAAUCCGAAUCCUUCAUCACUCCAUUGCAUCUGCAUGUCUGGAAGAGUUAGAGAGGAGCUGCUACUUAAAAAUAAGUGAUAUUGCUGCGGCCAUUCUUCACUGUGAUCUGUUCUUCAGUGCUGGAGUUGUUAAACACAGAUUGAUGCUGUCAGUUCAACAAAUGUUGAUUGAAAGGCAGCGCAAGAAAGAUGGAGAUGAGAGAGAGCCAUUUUCUCCUCUCAUAAACACAAUCCACAGCCAACAAGGGAGACAAACUGUCCAAGAAAUCUUUGCAAAAGCAUCAUCCAGGUUUGUGACAAGUGCAUCUAUUCCUCAGGCACUGGCGAGAUACCUGUAUAUCAAUGAACGUGACUUCCCAGAGGCUCUGAAAUGGGCUGAAAAGGCCAAGAACAUUAAAGAAAACCCAUACACAUUUGACACAAUUGGGCAAGUCCACAAAAGCAAUUUAAAAACUAACAUCAACAGAGAAAAGCAGGAGACAUCACACAAUCCAGAAGACUUAGACACAAACAUCAAAAUAGCAGAUAAUGCAAUCAGAGCAUUUAAAAGGGCUCAAGAGCUGGCAAACACACAGGAUGAACCUGACGAGGAAGCAGCUGAGGUUGAGUCAGAGGACUAUCCCAGAAAGUCAUAUAAUGUUUAUGGCUAUGUUGGUGUGCUGGAAAUUGCUUUCCUGGUCUUUGAGAUAUUGAGCAGACUCCCAUUCUUUGAUGAAAGUGAUCCACAAAAGAAGAAGUACUUCCAGAGUUUUUUCAAGCGAGUGAUCCCAAUCACCAGGGUGUAUAAGACGGACAAUGAGCUCAACAACAGGUAUGUGGAGAUCAUCAAAGAACGUGAGCCUUUUCUCCUCAGUCUGAAAACUGAAGUAAAAGAAACAUUUGAACUCCUUGACUUUUACUUCACAUAUAUAAAAGGGAACAAUUCAGAAUUUGAUUCAAAGAAUCGUUGGACUGUGUGUGGACAUUUUAAAAAGUAUCUAACUCUCUUUUGCACCGCACCAGAAGAAAAAAAAAAAGAACGACAGAGCAAUCCUAAUCUCAAUUUGAAAAUUGAUAUUGAAGAAAAAAGACAGCUUCUUGAAGAGAAACAAGCAGAUACAUUCGUCGGGAUUCUUCAGCAUUUGGACAAACAUGCCCAAGAAAUUGAGAGGAUCACAGAAUGCUAUGCAUUCUUGCAACAACAACAACAAUUUGUCAACAAAAAACAAAAGACAAAGGAAACAAUCAACUACAUUUUGUCAAACAUAGUUCUUUACCUUUUGAAACCAAAAUCUAAGCAUGUUAAGAGUUACAGCAACCUCUCUGCUCUCCUUUUGAAAACUCUGCAAGAUGUAGGACUUGGGUAUCCCUUCCCAGACCCAUACUACCUGGCUCUUCUGUUACUCUGGCCAAGUCCCACUCAGGAAAACCCAGAAAUUGUGACAUAUGUGAAGGCAAUUCGAAACUCAUCUCGCAAGUUCCUGACUUCAUUGUUUAGAAACAGGAGCACUGUUGCCCACCUCUACUUGGGGAAAGAAGCGGAACUCAAGAGGCUCGUUUCUAAACCCCAACUAGAUGAGAAUUUUAAAGACAUGCGUCGUGAUACCUUGGCACAACUUUGGCGGAAUGGAGAUAUAUUUAAAGACAAAGCAAUUAUCAACCGCCUUCAUCGAGUCAGUGGAACCAUUGAGCAAGGAGAGGUGUUUGCCAAUUAUGGAAAACUGAAAAUCCCUGUGCGCCCAGCUUUUGUUGCUGGAAUAAGAAGUGGCUUCAGCACUGAGAAGGUUUCUUUUUACCUUGGUUUUGCUAUUAAUGGACCACUUGCUUAUGAUAUUCAGUAUGAAAACUAGGGUAAUCACUUGUACAAAAAAAGCACAGCAGACACUGAGACAGAACUGAACAUUAUGAAAAAUAAGAGUGGCAAGAAAAAAACAAGAGCAAAUGAAAAGCAAGACUGAUGGCAGGGGUAAAGUCUGAUCCUGUAGCACUAGCUGUAUUUGUAUAUAUUUGUAUAUUCUUUUUAUAUAAUUUCAUCUACAGUAUGAUAACCAAUGAUGUACCACACAGUAAUUUUGUACUUUUUGUUUGACUUAAAAAUAUUACUAUGUUAUUUUUAUUUCAUUGUUUAUUUUACUUGGACAACAUGUAAUAAUGUUAAUUGUGCCAGGAAUAGCUAAAACAAGCAAAUGAAAAACAAGACAGGUUGCGGAAGUAGAUGGCAACCCUGUAGCACUAGCUGUAUAUAUUUUUUUACAUUCUGUCUACAUAAAUUUUAUCUAUUUUUAAAAAAAAAUACUUUCUUACAUUUUUUUGUUAUUUUUUUAUGAUUUUCUAUUGUACAGCAGCAACAAUAACAUGUUCACCAGGCAGUCCCUUAUGUAUUUAUGUACAAAUGCAAAUACAAAAUGGAAGUCUCGAAUUAGAUGAGCAAAUGGAAAGCAAGACAGAUAGCAGAGGUAAAUUUCAUUCCUGGAGCACAAGUGGUAUGCACAUGUUUUUAUGUUAUUUUUGUUUCUUCAUUUUUUUGUCUUACAUUUCUUUAGCACUUUUUGGUAUUUAUUUUCAUUGUUGUGUGCUGCAGUCUUCUUUUGAUUGAUCUGCAAGUGAAAAUAUAACACUUAAUAUUGACCUUAAUAGUACUUUCCCGUUUUCCAAAAGACAAGGAGAUCAAGGUGCUCGCUAACACUUUGAUUGCGCCAGAUAUAGUUAAAAGUUUAUUUCCAUUUUUAGUCCUUGGGAGGAAGCAACCAGGGAUGCACAGGACAAUGGAUAAUAGUUAGUUAUGGUUGAUGAAACCAGUCCAAUUACAAUUACUGAAUAAAGACGAGGAGAUGUUAAGAAACAUGGAAUGAGUAACUUCUGUUCUUGUUUGAGAAAUGUGAUUGAAUUACAGUAUAUGGACAUCAUGUUACCUUUAAAUAUGUGAAAGUAGUAAAUGCUUUAUCAGCUGUAAAUCAGUUAUAUGUGAUAGUAAAUCUGGAAUAAAAGCUCUUCUAUUUACUGUUAGUAGUAUUAGUUAUAGUUGUAAUAUUGACUGGGUAGAAACUUGGAUUAUGAGAAUCUGUGACACUUUACAACAGCCUUGGUGUGUAAAUGUGUAUUUGUGACUUGUCCAAGUCCUGAAAUCAUUAAAAACCUUUAAAAUCUUUAAAUCAUC